AUGGGAAAUUGUUCUUGCUCAAAACCCAGCGAAACAACUGACUCAAUUUCUUACUCCGAGUAUCUUUCUAUUAAAAUCAAAGAAAAAGACUUCUCAGGCAGAGUCAUUCAAAAUGAAAAGGUCGAAUUCAAAGUAACUUUCCCUGCCUUUCAGCAUUCCCAAGAAAUUCAGUUAAGCCCUUAUAAAUUUUUUAUAUCAGGAUGUGUCCUUCCAGGACUAGACCCCAGAGGUAUGAUGGACAAAGAAUGCCAAGACAACCUUUUCUUCAUCGAAAAAGAAUCCUCAAUCCUUGCAGCACUAUUUGACGGCCAUGGUCGUGAAGGCUUAAAAGUAGUCGAAUUCUGCAACAAAUUCAUGAAGGAAUAUUUCCAAGCCAACAUUGCAGACUUUAAAAACAACCCUGAAGAAUCUGUAAAAAAAAUCAUCAUAGAAUGCGAUAAUGCUUUAAAUAAACCAAAUAGCAGAGUUGACUAUUCCAUAUCAGGGACAACUGCAGUCAUAGCUUAUAUAGACACCACAGGGCUAUAUGUCGCCUCCGUUGGAGACUCCAGAGCAGUUUUAGCUACCGUCCCUACAAAAAAUGAAGAAGUAAAGCAGCCGGCAAAAAUUGACAAAAAUAACCUAUAUAAGAGGUUUAUAGAGCCAGGGAGGGUUUUAAAUGCAUUAGCCUUAACAGUAGACCAGAAACCAAACCAUCAAGAAGAACUGGAAAGGAUUCAGCAGUCUGGAGGAAAAGUGCAACAACUUACUGAUGAGAGAGGAAAUAAAGUAGGGCCUUAUAGAGUAUGAAAAAAGAAUGGGACGUUGCCUGGACUUGCGAUGAGCCGGUCUAUAGGUGACGGGAUCGGUAAAGAAUGUGGCGUCAUCGCUACCCCAAUUUUCCAUUUUUUCCAAAUUUUCCCUGGAAAAGACCAAUUUAUUGUUAUGGGUAGUGAUGGGGUCUGAGAUGUCAUGGAAAAUAUUGAGGUCGUCAAUUUUGUGGAAAAAUUCAGGUCAAGGUCAUGCAAAAUGGUGAGAAAAGAAACAGUUUAUCCAGUCUCAGUAAUUUUUAUAUAGCCGGAAAACUCAACUCCUGCACACUUAUUAGCGGAAGAGUCAAGAUAUAGAUGGUAUGGGAUCUGUGAAGACGAAGACGUCAUGAUUGAUGAUAUUUCUGUAAUUGUUAUCGAAAUAAGCUCGUUAAUGCCAAGUUCAAGCCUAAAUAAUUUAGAUCUGGAGGACAGGAGGACUGUUAGGCUUAACAGUUUACUCCCUUGUGAAAAGAAAAAAUUAACGCAUUAAUCAAGGUUUUUUGGUAUUUUUUUUUAAAAUUCUAAUUGCUAAUAUUGUAGAUAAAAAUCCAAUUUAAAAUAUAAUUGGCUAGAGAUUUGUAUACAAAUAUUUUUUAUAAAAUUUGGCUGCUCAUAUGAAUGGCUUCUUAUGAUUUUAUAGAAUCAUGGAGAGGGGUGAGUUAGGGAAUAUUCCUAAUGAGGCUACGAAAAUGCAGCCUGGGACAGCAAGAAGUGAUGCAGUGAGAGGUAGCUUUAUUCCAGCUAAGGAUCCUAAAGCAAAAAAAGCAAGGAUUGAUGCUAAAAGGGGGUCUUAUUUGCCGGUGGGGAGUGAGGAGGAAAGCCAUGAAACAUUAGAUGGUGUGCCAUUUGUAGAAGAAGAAAAAAAGCAAUAA